GUGUGUGCCCUUUUUGACGAAACUGGAGGAGCUUGAAAGCCCCUACAGGAAUUUAUUGAAAUGAAAACACAAGUUUUACAAUAGUAGGAGCCUGAAGCAAAAGGCUCAAGAAACAAAAAAAAGAAAAGAAGAAGAUGAAGAAAAAAAGACAAAUUACAAUAGAUUUUGAAUCCAUAAAUCAAACUCUACGGUGUGCUUAGUCUUGACCCUUAGGGCAAGAAUUUUCAGUUCUGAAGCAAAGGCUGCUUUUGCUCUCGUGACAUAUGGGCCAUGGGGGAAUGCCUUUGAGGAUCCGAUCAUUUCUUAUUGUCCAGAUCGAUUGCCCAGCACAUCAAGAUUACCAUCAUCAUAAAGAAAUUUUGGUUGACUUGUUCCCUAACCUGUUCCACUGCUUGAAAAAAUGCUCAUCUGAUCAAGAAUGUCAAUCCCCAAUGAAUCUCAGCACUGAGUCGCGAAUUGACAGCCUAGGAAAAGGUGUUGAAGGGUCUCCUCUACUCCUGCUUGGCAGAGAACACGGGAAGAAGGUUCACUCCACGUUGUACGUGUGCGUGUUCGGUUAAUUCUGGGCUGCACCGGCCGGCCUGCACGAUGGCCAUGGAGAUGGAGGGUCGUCGUCGUCGACGUCUCCUUGUGUGCCUUGUGAUGAUGAUAUCCGCGCAAACAAUGCUAGCUGCCGUGGCGGCCGGCGGCGUCCAGCAGAAGGUCAAGCGGCGGCCGGCGGCGAUGUACGUGUUCGGCGACUCGACGCUGGACGUCGGCAACAACAAUUACCUGCCGGGGGCGGACGUCCCCAGGGCAAACAAGCCAUACUACGGCGUCGACUUCCCCGGAUUCCCCACCGGAAGGUUCAGCAAUGGCGGCAACACCGCUGACUUCGUCGCAAAGAGCAUGGGGUUUGUGAGUAGCCCUCCGCCGUAUCUGUCCCUGGUGGCCAACUCCAGCCUUGUGCUCGUGCCCACCGCUCUCACCACUGGUGUCAGCUACGCUUCCGCAAAUGCUGGCAUCCUCGACUCAACCAACGCAGGCAAGUGCAUCCCGUUGUCCACGCAGGUGCAGUACUUCAGCGCUACCAAGGCCAAGAUGGUCGCCACGGUUGGCGCCGCCGCGGUGAACAAGCUGCUCGCCGACUCCAUCGUCCUCAUGGGCAUCGCCAGCAACGACAUGUUCGUGUUCGCCGCCGGCGAGCAGUCGCGGAACAGGUCAGCCACGGAGCAGCAGACCGACGCCGCUGCGCUCUACGCCCACCUCCUCUCCAACUACUCGGCCACCAUCACGGAGCUGCACUCGAUGGGCGCGAGGAAGUUCGCCAUCAUCAACGUGGGGCUAGUGGGGUGCGUGCCGGCGGUGCGGGUGCUGGACGCGGCGGGGGCAUGCGCCGACGGCCUCAACCAGCUCGCCGCCGGCUUCGACGACGAGCUUGGGCCACUCCUCGCCGGCCUCGCCGCCAGGCUGCCGGGCCUCGUCUACUCGCUCGCCGACUCCUUCCGCCUCACGCAGGACACCUUCGCCGACCCGGGGGCGUCGGGGUACACCGACAUCGCCGGCGCGUGCUGCGGCAGCGGACGGCUGCUGGCGGAGGCGGACUGCCUGCCAAACUCCACGGUGUGCACCGACCACGACGGGCACGUCUUCUGGGACCGCUACCACCCGGCCCAGCGGGCGUGUCUUCUCACGGCCCAGGCGUUUUACGACGGGCCGGCCCAGUACACUACGCCCAUCAACUUCAUGCAACUGGCCCAGUCCAGUUAGUCAAUUAAUUAAUGAUUCUAGUAUAUAGGAGUAUCAAGAGAUUGUGUUGACGUAUACAUAGUUACAUAUACAUGUAUAAACAAUAAAAUGUACUCCAGUUUAAAAAAACAAUAAAAUGUACUCUCUCCGGUCAAUAACCUAUAUACAAGAGAAGAGAUUGUGUUCACGUAUACAUAUAUUAUCACAUAUACAUGGAAACAAGACACUAUUUUAAACACAAAA